AGCAGAGCGCAUCGACUGUUCUGCACUUCUUCACCGCGCAACGAUUCGGAGUUCAACUCUAAUUUAUAUCGUUUGUUAUAUUGCUAUAACUCCGAUGGUAGCCUACUUUGUAACAACACAGUAAGAUUAUAAUAUCGGCUGUUCUUUUCUUGAACAUUUCUAUUAGUUUGUCCGUUGUAGCCUAGUCGCCUAUUUAUCUAACGAACCGCAGAGUUAGAGCGCCGACAGGUGAAGAUGGCGAGGGGACUGGUGUUGGGGACUGUAUCCCCGGCGGCUGGCGGCCCUACACAGUUUGCGUUGCUGCUGUUAUACCCCCUAAUCUGCGGCCUCUCGGCGCAGGGCCAGGAAGUGCCCACCAACGGGGUGAAUGGCUACAACCUGCAUCCACCUUAUUUUAACCUGGCGGAAGGGACCAAAAUCACGGCGACGGCGACCUGCGGAGAGGGGGACAAUGGAAGGUCGAUACACGACUUGUAUUGCAAGCUGGUCGGGGGGCCAGUGUCAGGGGACCCGAGUCACCAGAGCCAAACUAUCCAAGGCCAGUACUGUGAUACGUGCGCCAUGGGGGACAGUGACAGAGCACAUCCCAUCACCAAUGCCAUCGACGGGACAGAGCGGUGGUGGCAGAGCCCUCCUCUCUCCCGCAGCACAGAGUUCAACGAGGUCAACGUCACCUUGGACCUGGGACAGCUCUUCCACGUGGCCUAUGUCCUGAUCAAGUUUGCCAACUCUCCUCGACCAGACCUCUGGGUGCUAGAACGUUCCACCGACUUUGGAGAGACCUACCAGCCCUGGCAGUUCUUCGCUUCUUCUAAGAGAGACUGCAUUGAGCGCUUCGGACAGCAAACCACCGAACGGAUCAACUCUGACAACGACGUCAUCUGUACCACUGAAUACUCCCGCAUCGUACCCCUGGAGAAUGGAGAGGUGGUGGUGUCUCUAGUCAACGGGCGUCCCGGGGCUAUGAACUUCUCUUACUCUCCAGUCCUGAGGGAUUUCACCAAGGCCACCAACAUCCGCCUCCGUUUCCUCAGAACCAACACCCUCCUGGGACACCUGAUGGGCAAGGCCCUCCGCGACCCCACCGUCACACGCAGGUACUACUACAGUAUCAAGGACAUCAGUAUCGGAGGACGCUGUGUGUGUAACGGACACGCUGAAGCCUGCGAUCCACACGACCCCAACGACCCCUACAAGCUUCAGUGUGACUGCCAACACAACACUUGUGGAACGUCAUGUGACCAGUGUUGCCCCGGAUUCAACCAGAUUCCAUGGAAACCAGCGACCACUUACCAGGCUAACGAGUGUGAACCGUGUAACUGUAACCGCCAUUCGUUUGUCUGUUACUACGACCCCGAGGUCGACCAGAGGAGAGCUAGCGUCAACGUCCAGGGACAGUACAGAGGCGGUGGAGUCUGCAUGGAGUGUCAGCAUCACACCGCUGGUGUCAACUGUGAGCGCUGUAUCCUCACCUACUACAGAUCACCUGACCAUCCUCUGGACUCCCCAUUGGCCUGCUCCCCCUGUGUGUGCCAGUCAGAGUUCACCGAUGGUACCUGUGAGGAUCUGACGGGUCGUUGUUACUGUAAACCCAACUACACCGGAGAGAACUGUGACUCCUGUGCUGAGGGAUACAUUAACUUCCCAGACUGCUACCACUGUGAGUGCAGUGCUGCAGGUACGGAGGGAAACUCCUGCCGUACAGAUCCGCGUACCCGUGCCUGUAUCUGUAAACCCGGUUUCACUGGGGACCACUGUGACAGCUGUGCACCAGGGCACUACGGACUCAACUGCCAGAUGUGUGGCUGUAGCAGCGUGGGAACUCUCCCAGAGGGCUGUGAUGUGUCUGGACGGUGUGUGUGUCGUCCGGAGUUCCAGGGGCCGCGAUGUGAGCAGUGUAGAUCAGGCUUCCACUCCUACCCCAACUGCCAAGUGUGCACCUGUGAUCCUCGUACCUCCCUGGACUCUAGCUGCAGUGUGUCAGGCCACUGCCACUGCAGACCCAACUACAGCGGCGCCGCCUGUGACCAGUGUGCUCCCGGUUUCUACGGCUUCCCCAGCUGCACACCUUGUCAGUGCUCAGCUGAGGGCUCCAGGUUCAGUAGCUGUGACCAGGUGAGUGGUCAGUGUACCUGUCUACCCAACGUCGUGGGACAGAGGUGCGACACCUGCAGCUCUGGAACCUAUGGAUUCCCCAGGUGUCAAGCUGGCACAUGCAACCCAGCCGGCUCGGUGCAGAACGAGGUCCUGCCAGCUGUCGGUUCCUGUGAGUGUCUUCCUUAUGUGGAGGGUGUGGCUUGUGACAGGUGUAAACCUCUGUUCUGGAACCUGUCACCUGACACCGUCUACAGAUGUUCCAACUGUGAAUGCAACGUUGAAGGCACUGUGGCCGGUGUGGCAGAGUGUGCUCAGAAUAACGGCCAAUGUCACUGUAAACCCAACGUGUGCAGUGGCACCUGCUCUGUGUGUAAAGACGGAUACUUCAACCUGCAGAGUGGCAGCUUCUUCGGCUGUCAAG